CAAUCUCCUACGUCAUAUUCCGCCUGGAAAGCUCGGAAAUGUGAGGGGCUCGCAGUGUAUGUGUGUGCUCCUUUCCACCGACGUAUAUAUGUGUCUUAGAACCUCUUAAACUCCGCGAUUCCUUCUUGUCACGGAUCCUAAAGUCUCGAGGAUCGUUUUGGAAGUGUUGGCGGUGAGUUGGGAGGUAUAGCGCCGGAUGUGUGACGAGGAUCAGUGCGGGUAAAAAUCGUUUCGAGUUGUGCCGGGGUUGCAGUGUGCAGGGAGAGAGAAAAAUGGAUAUGGAGGACCCUCAGCUCGAGAUCGACCCCGAUUUUGAACCCCAGAGCAGGCCACGCUCGUGUACGUGGCCCCUCCCCCGACCGGAGGUUUGCACCAACGAAAGCAAGACCGAAGGUAGCCCGGAAAAUGAACAAACUACAACGGGAGAAGGAGGAGGAAUCGAGCCCAAAACCGAAGCGGGCACGGUGCCAGGGCUCGCCGCCGAGCCGACAGCUCCGGUUGCCGCGGCACCGACCACCGUAGACGCCACGAGUCUGCAAGCGGAGCUGCAGGCGCCACAGCCCAAGAAGAGCUCGCGACGGAACGCGUGGGGGAAUUUGUCGUACGCAGACUUGAUCACGAAGGCGAUCCAGAGCUCGCCAGAAGGCCGGCUCACCCUCUCCCAGAUCUACGACUGGAUGGUGCGAUGUGUUCCGUACUUCAGGGACAAGGGAGACUCCAACAGCUCUGCAGGAUGGAAGAACUCCAUCAGACACAACCUGUCUCUGCAUAGUCGCUUCAUCAGGGUGCAGAAUGAGGGUACAGGCAAGAGCUCCUGGUGGAUGCUCAACCCCGACGCCAAAGGCGGGAAGUCCCCGCGCAGAAGGGCCUCCAGCAUGGACACCAACAACUCGAAAUACGAGAAGAAGCGCGGUCGUGCCAAGAAGAAGGCUCAGGAGGCUCGGGAAGCCGCCGCAGCGGCCAACGCGGGUAGCCCCACCGGAAAGUGGCCUGGGAGUCCGCAGGACUCCAAGUCGGAAGGCGGCACUCCCAGCGGCGACGGGAACCUCAGCGCGUCCACAGCCUCUCCGCUGUCUUUCAACAUUUCCGACUUCAGGCAGAGGACGAGCUCGAACGCGAGCAGUUUGAGCGGUCGCCUCUCGCCGAUCAUGGGCCCCGAUCUGGACGACGACAACCAGGUGCCGCCGAUGUCCCCUGGUUGGUCCGACUUCGGCAGCAACAACAACCUGUCGUACGGGACGUCCGACUUCCUCAACCAGUCCACCGAUCAGCUCACCCAGUCCCUCCAACAAACCAUGAAGCUGAAUUCUCCGGACCAGCUCCUGGGUGAUAGCGGUCUGAGCGGCAUGAGCUCUAUGGACAGUGUUGGGAGUCUUGGACUCGGCGGGUUCGAUUCCCAGCCCGACCCGUUCAUGAGAAGGUGCCACAGCGUUGGUAGCAGGGCGCAGCUCCCCUCCCCCAGAAGGCAGAACACGGGAUACAGCACCCCGCCCCCAUCCUUCAAGAGCCCGUUCUCGCCGGUCCAGGUCCCGCAGCCAGCCCACAGUCCCAACCAACAGCAAGGCAGUCUUCCCAGCGUCAACGCACCUCAGCAAGACCCUACGCAGUUCAGCUUGCAGCAGCUCUCGGACGUCAUGCUGACGCAGACCGACCCCAUCCUGACCUCCGGCGACCCCGUCAUGUCCAGCGGGGACCCGCUCAUCUCCCAGGGCAACCUGAUGCUCCGACAGGACCCCAUGAUGUCCGGCUGUCCCGACCAGGGCAGCCAGCUCAGCAGCCUCCUGCAGGGCACCGGGAUGAGCUACGCCUUCCGACAACAACAACAACAACAGCUACAACAACAACAGCAGCAGCAGCAACAACCACAACAACAACCACAGCAGCAGAAUUAUAACCUCGGCUGUGCCUUAAACCAGAUGCUGGGGGGGAACAUGGGUAUCAUGGCGGGACAGUUGGCUCCGACACAACAACAGCAGCAGACCCCCCUCCCACAGAUCUCUACCUUCGGCAUGAUGCACCAGCAGAGCCCUGCGUCCCUACACCAGCAGGCCAUGGCAAACUCCCAAGCCAACCAGCUCCUCUCCAUGCAUCAGGAGAAGUUCCCCUCCGACCUGGAGCUGGAUAUGUUCAGCGGUGGUCUGGAGUGCGAUAUGGACUCUAUCAUCAAUACCGAGCUGAUGGAGGAUGGUGGCCUUGAGUUCAACUUCCAGCAGGACCCCAACAACCAGAUGGGGUCGUGCGCGCCUACCUCUGCGGGAAUGACCCAGUCGAUGACGAUGUCACAGACGCAAACCAACGCGGGAAGGUUAGGUUACCGAGAGACCGUGAUCUAACGGACUCAUGUAGCGAUAGAGUGUUAUGAAGAGUGCGACUGUGAUUGCAGGUAGUAGGUAGAUACCCUCCCCGAUAUCUUAUUGGUUGAUUCUAAGUUGGGUCAAAGGUCACAACUGAUUCAAAUUCCAUAGUUUUCUUUCGACAAAAUGAAUAUUUAGUUUCAUGGCAACGGAUUGAAUACCUAUCAUUUUUGAGGGGGGAGCAUUCAGAUUGUUCUACUUCUAGUUAUUCCAGAUUCAGUUGGGAUAUUUUAAACUAGUUUUUAUGUGAGUUUUUGUUUUGUCUUCAGGUAUGUUCGAAUGACCUCUGACCCAAAAUGGCAUCCGCCAAUCCAUAAACUAAGGUGCUUGGGUAGUCGUGACUGUAAAAUCAGUUGCUGUCAGUGUCUUGUUUUUGUAAACCUGUCACAGGAAAAAAAAAAAGAAUGAUGUAGUCAAAGACUUUUCCACCUUUUCUAUUUUUAACCACCAGAAACUAAAGGGCAAAUGAUAUUUGUAAAGUGUACAUGUAAUUUGCGAAGUGUUGGAUAUUAAGCAUCACUCAACAUGCACACGUUUCUAGGCAUGUUGGUAAAGAAGCUUAGUCUUUGUGGUAUCUACAAUUGUGCAAAACAGUAAUUGGACCGAUUUGUGGCUUUAGUAUUAUGCAGAUCAAGAUAUAUAGAAUUCAAAAGUCCUCGGAAUGUCAGAGAAGUAUGCUUUCUAUAAAGAUUAGGAACAUUUAGAUUAUGUUAAUCUUUUGCAACGACUAGUCAGCCUUGCAGUGAAAGUAGCUAUCAAUUGUAUUUGCAGUUUGAAUUUUUGCAUCAGUACUAGUAUUUGGUUAGGUUUGCUUCUUUCUUCAAUCUUGACUUUAGCAACUGUUAGAUUCUUGCAUGUAAUCCCAAGAUUUUGACCAGAAAAUAAUGAGACUGUGGAAAAUAUUUGGUUCCUGAAACAUAUCGUUUGUGCUUUGGACAUGGCCAGUCAUAGAUUUUGAAGAAGCGACGGUUUUAACUGAAAUUUCAUAGUCGGUCAUUUGUUUUUCGUUCUCUUUUUGUGGGCUUUUUUUUCCGCUAUUUGCUUGCUAUAAAUGGUGAUAAAAUUUUCGAGAAGAAAACCUACGCAACCGAGAUGCCUUUUUUUCUUUAUCAUAUUUUUACCUGUUAAGCAAAUUAGGUUCACCGGGAGAGCAUGGAAAAUCAUUCCAUAAUCUUUGGAGAAUUUAUAACCAUAUUGUUCAGUAAUUUUAGCAAAAAAACAAUUUUUCAGAUGACAAAGGUUUGUGGUUGUUAGAGGCAAAAUUUGGCAAAGAUCUUUCAUGAGUAAGAGGGCUUUUUGUGUAUGUGUUUCUUUGGAUCCCUCCAGAUGAUUUUUAACCAGGGGAUUUUGUGCGAUCGGGUCUUUCAACUGUACAUUUGCUACAAACCUUCUCUACGGAAACAAAAGUCAACGCUCUGCAUGUCGGCAAGUUUUAAAGAUGUUUUUGAUUGUAGUCUUGUGUACUAUCAGCUCUUGACAGACAUUUAAGAUUCUGAUAUCGUUUCAAGCAACUGUGGUUUUGAGAGCCAGUGGUCUCUAAUUUCUAGAGUUGCUGUUUCCAUGUGUGCGUGUUUGGACUCGAGCUAUGUCGUUGUAAGAAAGGAGUUUCCAACAGUUUCCGCCAAGCGCUGCAUUUGUUAUUGUGAGGGCAAAUCAAAGGGUCGCGAGGAAACGCGAUCAGCCAGGAAUCUGUGAUAAACACUCUGCCUGUAUCUUAGCCCAAGCAGAUGGUAGGUCAGAGGUCACAGCACUUGCUAGGAGGAAACAUAGCAGCAGAUUUGCACUGCUAGGAGGAAAGAUAGCAGCAGAUUUGUAUCAUAUCAGGAUGUACAUGUGCAGAACUUUGGCUUUAUUGUGAAAAAAGAAAAGACUUAAGAGGUGCUCCGAAUGUAUAUAGUCCCACAAAAGACUGAUGAUGUGUUUUUACACUGUAAUUUGAUAAAAGAAAAUUAGACAUGUAGGUUUGGAUGAAAACCUGACUGAAAAAUUGUUUUACUGAAGUGUGCAUAUUGUUGUGAAUCUGUUAGUUGUUUACACGUGCCAUUCUUAUGUUUGGUUUAGGAUAGAUUGUGUUUAGUCCGAACGUCUGCACCUAGGUGGUCAUUCUCAUGUUUAUUGAGAAAGAGUCGAAGAAGGAAUGGAAUUUUUUUUUUGUAGAAUGAAGCAAAUGCCAAAUUAUUUUGAGUGUUUGCUGGAAAUGAUUAAAUAAACAGGCAAACUUAGUCUGUUUCAUCAACGGUUCAUACCAAUAUGCACAAACUCUCCACAAUUAGACGUACAAUAGAUCAGAAGGAAAGUAUGUGUAGUUUAGGCUUUUAGCAAGAAUCCAGGCAAAAAUGAGAAAAAGAAAUUAGAAAAAAAAGAUGGAGCUGAAAAGGAAGACCAGUCCAUCAUCAGAUUGGAAUUAUGUUGAUUUGCAUUGUAAAUAAUGUAUAAAUAUAUUUUGUAUGAAAGCUUAUAAUCAAGUUGGAUUUUUCUGCAGCUUUUGACAGUUUGAAACUUUGAAUCAGUGUGUCCAGUUGUGUACUAGGUGCUCAGCUUUUUUUUUCUUGAAUAACCAAGUUCAUAUCAUAUGAAACUGUUUUCCCUACAAACUAUCCACAGCUGUGCUUGAGAUUCGGUGCUAACAAUUCACCAUGGCACAAAUUUUAAAACAGAAAGACAAACCGAAAGAUGAAAACCAGGGGUUUUGAAAGAAAGUUUGGAAUUUGGAUGUUUGAAAACAUCCUCUACCUCAACGAUGAAGAAAAAGACAUUCAAGGUGCUAUGCGAAUUUCAGUUGUAUUCCAUGCUAUUUGUUAUCGUUCUGUUUCAAAUUUCUUUGUCCCAUCAGUUUUCGGGGAUUGGUUUACAGAAAGAAAUAUGAAAGAAAGCACAGCUUUAUAAGCCAACCGUUUCUCGAGUUUGAAAACUCGCCGGUAUCAGAAAAAUGUGAGGGAAACCGAAGUUUGGAAAUGGGAAAAUAGCUUUUGUAUGGAAGAAUUUUAUGACUAGUUUCACCACUUUAAACCCUAUGGGAACAGUAACUGACACUGACUGCUGUGAGGAUUUUGAUUGACAAGUACAUUGGACAACAUGUUUUGAUGUUGUGUACUCCUCUUUUUAUACUGGAAGUUUUGUGUCCUGAAAGUGGCCAAAAUGACAAUGGAUUGAAAAGUUGAUAGUCCUAGGACAAACAAAAAAAUGUAAAUAUUAAUACGUCAGGUUAAAUCUUGGUGCCAGUGCUUAUGAUAUCUUUACAUACAUGUAAAUCUCCGGCUAUUCUACUAAUCAAUAUUUUUGCAUAAAGAUUUCAUAAUUCGGGAGAGAACACCUUGUAGUAGUCCUUUGACGUGCUAUCUCUGGGACGGUGUGACAAAAGUAUAUUUUUGUUAAUUCUUACCAGAAUUGUAGAGAGAGGGAAAGAGAGAGAGAGAAAAAGAAGAGUUGUUACGAUCUGGAACGUUUUAUCUGCUGCUUUUUCGAAAUGUUUAACAGCACUCAUUAUGUACGAAGUGUUCGUGUAAAAAGACGCAGAUAUAACACACAACUGCAAUUUGUGCCACAAUUAACGUACCUUUAAUUAAACAAGACUCUAGUUAAUUAACACAUUACCUUGAUGCAUGUUUUCUCCUUUUUAUGUAGAGUAUCCCAUUUUAGUUACCUAAGAUAAAAAAAAAGAGUUGACGAAUUUUUGUAUUGUUGUAAUUUUGCUGACCUAGCCUUGAUAAGUUUUUGAUUGUAAUAAGAGUAGUUGAUAGGAGAAAGUGGAAACCUUGUACAUAAUUGCUUUCUUACCUGAUAUGUGUAAUUUACCACCACCUGCUGGGUGGCAGACAGACUGAACGUGUCAUUCAUGAAUAUUCAUCUAUUAAAGACAUGAAGAUGUCA